UUGAGGAAGGAGACAUGCAUCAACAACAUCUGAAGCUUAUUACAUAACUUCUCAUUUCUCUUCAUCUGAUACCAAAUCCAAACACCAUCUGUUUGCUUGGAUCACUUAUUAAGAAGAAGACAAUGCAAGUGUUCCAAAGGAAAGACACAUCUCGCUCUACUUGGGAAAACUCAAUCCAAGCUCAUUCAGACAUUCAAGGAUCUCAACCCUUUAGCUUAACAAAGAACCUGAUGAUGCCCUGCUCGAUGAAGCACUCAGGUUUGCAGUUGCAAGAUCAAGAUUCAUCCUCAACCCAAUCUACUGGAGAAUCAGGAGGUUACAUCCUAAGCCCACCAGGAAAGGCUAUUGCAAGUUAUAAUAAGUCAAGAACCACCUCGUCGAUGGUGUCUCAAGAUUCUGUGUUUCCUCCUCCUCCUCCUGCUUCUGGUUGGUCUCAAACAUCACAUUUCAAUGGUUUCUUGGCUCCGGAAUAUGCACCGCAACCAACGGUGCCGUCGCAUUUAGAGAUGAUGGGUUUGGUUUCUUCAAGAGUGCCGUUACCUUAUAACAUUCAAGAGAAUGAACCAAUGUUCGUCAAUGCAAAACAGUACCAUGCGAUUCUUCGUCGCAGGAAGCAUCGUGCUAAGCUUGAAGCUCAGAACAAACUCAUCAAAAGCCGUAAACCGUAUCUUCAUGAGUCACGCCAUCUUCAUGCAUUGAAGAGAGCUAGAGGAACCGGUGGGCGUUUCCUCAAUACUAAGAAACUUCAAGAAUCAUCAAACUCUCUAUGUUCUAGUUUGGUCACACCGAGCUCUGAUGCAGACCGUGACAAUAUGUUCCAAAACGCACCAUUCAGAUUUUCAGGGUAUCCAUCAUCAACACACCAUGUCUCAGCUCUCAUGUCAGGGAAAUGAGUCAUCUGAGAAGAAUCUUGCUCCGGGAUAAAAAAAAGGGGAAGUCAUCCUUGGCUAUAAAAUGUUAUUGCGUCUUUACUAAGUUUCCUGCCUUUUUAAAGUUCUGUUUUCAUCAUCUGCACUGAAGUUAACUUUCAAAUCAUUGUGCAAGCUAUUUUGAUAAUUAC